AUGGAACCAGCGGGAAGCCACUACCACUAUGGGCAGCCAGAUGACUAUUCGGCAAAUUACCCGUAUGCCCAAACUUAUAACGUUAAUAUUCCAACUGCACACCAGUUUCAAUCACCACAUUCAACACCUCAUCCUCUAACUCUACCUCAACCUUCACACAACACAUACAUUGCCGAUGGUAUAGAGAGCUACCAAACUCCGCAUACACACCAAGCGCAUACACAGCAUACACAACAGGCACAUACACAGCAAGCACACACACAGCAAAUACAUGCACAGCAAGCAAGUGGCUUUAGCCCGGUGCACAGCCCAAUACACACGCCGAUACAUAGUGUACAUGAAUUACAAACGAAUAUCAGUGAAUCUGAAAUAGCCUUAACAGAAAAACCCGAAAACUUUACCAUUAAGCCAUCGUUGCAGCCUAUAAAGAGUGGUCCCAUAGAUCGGCCAAAAAUACAUGAAGAUCCUUCGCCUAUGUUCAACCCAUCAUCAUGGUCAAAACUGGUCUGGCUCGGGUUUGCUUUCUUGAACAUGUAUACCUUGAUAGCAAGUAUUCUUCUGAUCAAAUUUUAUUAUAGUGAGUUGGGCGGAAACGGCCAAAUGCUAGCUCGUUCGGCUUUUCUUUUAAUAACGGCUUUCGAGUUACUUCCUCGUUUGGUGAACAUUUACCAGAUAAAUAAAUACACCAACCAUUCUCUCAGUUUAAUUGAGGGCUUGGGUGUUCUUCUCGCCAAGAAAGAAGCCUAUCUUCUCAUUGGUCGUCACCAUCUAUCCCAGAGCCAAGUAGAUCGUUUAGGUGUAACCUCCGACAUGAUAUGUUUGUUAUAUAUUUGUUGGCUCGGGUUUGCAUUCGUAUCUAAUUUGGGAGGAUUACGGCAGAGGACUGGAAAAGAAACUGAUCACAAGCUAUUGACUUUGGGUAUCUCACUUUCUGUUGCUAUAAUUUUUUUGGUGGGGAGAAUUAUCUGGCAAAUUAUACAAAUUGCACGGAAUUAUCAUGUGAGGAGACGGAGAAAACAUGAUCUUGAGACGGCCCAGGAUAUAUAUGAUGGGUAUAAUGUUCCCAGUAACGUGGAUAUAGUAGCUAACACUGCCCAUACUGAACAGAAUUCAUAUGGGGGAAGCUUGUUCAGGGCUUGUAUUCUAUGUGUAUUUGACACUGUGUAUAUUUUAAUAGCAAUCGAUGGAUAA